GUGGGGGGGAGGGGUUAAAGCCUCCACCCCGCGCCCGCACGACUCGCACUGCCCUUAGCAAGAUGGCGCCCGCAAGUCCUUGACGAUUUAUUGCCCCGAUCGCGAAGCGGGCUGCUUGACAAGUCAGUGAAGAAGGCGACAUGGCGGUGGACGUUCGCUCGGUGGUGGCGAGGAGACGCGGGGACAGGGCGCCUGGGGAAGGCGGAGGCGCGGUGAGGCACCUCGUCGCUCCCGGAGAUGUCAUCACGGGAGACGCAGGCUUCAUGAGGGGCCAUGGCACCUACACAGAGGACGAUAAGCUCAUCGCAUCAGUGGCCGGAGUGGUGGAAAGGGUCAACAAGCUGAUCUGUGUGCGGCCUCUCAAGACACGAUACAAUGGGGAAAUAGGUGACGUGGUGGUGGGAAGGAUAACAGAGGUACAGCAAAAGCGUUGGAAGGUGGACACAAACUCCCGUUUGGAUUCAGUGCUGCUGCUUUCGUCUGUGAAUCUCCCAGGUGGAGAGCUGCGACGGCGAUCAGCAGAGGAUGAGCUGGCGAUGAGGGACUACUUGCAGGAGGGUGAUCUCAUCAGCGCUGAGGUCCAAGCGGUCUUCUCAGACGGUGCCCUUUCCCUGCACACCAGGAGUCUUAAGUAUGGCAAGCUGGGCCAGGGCGUGCUGGUGCGCGUGUCCCCGUCGCUGGUGAAGCGGCGCAAGACGCAUUUCCACGCGCUGCCCUGCGGCGCCUCCAUCAUCCUGGGCAACAAUGGCUUUGUGUGGAUCUACCCGACCAGCGACAGCCACGCAGAGGAGAGCGGCGGCUUCUACACCGACUUGGAGCCCACGGCACUGUCGGAGCGAGAGGUGAUUGCGCGUCUCCGCAACUGCGUGACGGCCCUGUCAUGGCAACGCAUGAUGCUGUACGACACCAGUGUCCUUUACUGCUACGAGGCCUCCAUGCAGCACCAGAUCAAAGACAUCCUCAAGCCCGAGGUGGCAGAGGAAGUGGUGGAGGAGACGAGACGGCGACUGUUGGAGCAGGAGGGAUAAGCCGAGCUUAGUUUUGAACAAGGCACAAGAUAAAAUAAAUAUAUAUAUAUAAACUCACGGAGCUCUGGUCCUUUUUCACAUUUAAAAUUUAAAUUUAAAAAAAUCGGAAAUGUAUAAAAUGCAACACCGCUCAGGGAAUUGUAUUUUUCUUGCCGUGAAUAGCAUUUGAAUGAUUUCACUGUUUAUCCCAAAUUGGCCAAUUCAAUUUCAAGCAAUGUUGGUUGUUUUUUCCAAUCAAUAUAUAAUAGAUAAGAGUCGCGUGCACACUGAAAAGACAAAUGUAUUGUGCUUUAAUAAAUAGCAUGGAUCAAUUUAAAAUUGGAUGGGAUUGUUUGGAAGAAAAGACGUUUCUGAAGAGUGUUUGGUUUUGUGUAUGUUCUUGCAAUAAACAUUGGCAAAAUACGUUAAAAGAUUAAUUUUUAAUUUCAAAAGUAUUAUGAAUAAAAACGUAAACGUCAGAAAUUGCAUUUCACAUCAGUGAUACUUGAAAAGCUUAUUGUAUUUUAAAAUUAAUUUUCAGUCAAGUUUAUAGGGCACUUUUUUUUGCUGCCGUAUAAUCUUACAUUGCCUGUAACAACGUCUAAAUAUACACUGCAGUUCAUGUUAUUUACAUUAUUUACACGACUAGAAUUGUCAAACAAUUAGAUAAGUGGGGUGUAUUAUUUUGCUAUGCGACUGUUAAGUCUGAAUUGUAGCUUUAGUUUUUUUUUUACAUAAAAACACAACGUGAAUGUUUUUUUUUUAUACAUUUCCACAUGUUUCUAAAUUACGGAAAUGAUUUGAACGUACCAGUAGGAGGCCCAGUUAGCUCGGUCAAAUUAUUUCUGGCGCCGCGUAGACGCAGGCACAAUCUUGCUGCCCGCAAACAAAUCACUUCGCCUAGACAUGUAAAAAUGUUUCACUCUUUUCAGCACAAUUACCAAACUCGUGUCACUUCGUCAUUCGUUGAAAUGAAUUGUCUGGUGUUUUGCGGGUGGGGGUGCAUAACCAUAUAUUCGGAACAAAGAAGAAAUAUAAUGAAAUGGUUUUAAAGCGAAUAUAAUUAGCAUGUUGAGUUUAGAACCUGUAACCUGCAUUUGUGAUAUCUGCAAGUUAAUAGUGUUUCCUCGGAUAGUCUCUGCUUUGAAGUGCACUUUCAUUGAGUUGCCCUUGUGUGUGUGUAUACUGGUAGGAACCACCUGGUUCCACCAGCCCACGGGAUUAUUGUGUCCGUCCGUAGUGCAUCCAAAAAUGGGAGGGGCUGGUCACCCCGUGGUGCCCUUAUAAAACUCAACGUUUAACCUACUCACGCCGGCUUGUGCCCGCCCUCAGUCGGCCAUAUUUGCGGAAUACACCACGCCGCCGUUGACCCUGGCCAUUGACCGAGCAACCCAAUGUUCCUACCAGCUCUCUCCGCAGGAAUGUGUUAUAUAGAGUAAGACUACAUUUGCAAACCUGAUGGCAAUCAGGUCCUGCUGCGAGAAACAAUCUGCGUGUUGCGGCGUUCAACAUCGAGGUCACUUGUAGGUCUCGUUCUCGCCAUCUAAUUUGUAUUCUACAUUUUCCCCAUCUCAAUUGGACUGCUUGCCACGUUGGCCUCAGUUUAUAAUUUGCUUAAAUCCCGUACAUAAUUGAUUCUUACGCAAAUCAUUGCAAGCAUCAUGAACAUUUCAUUCUAAUUCAAAACUUCUUACGUAUCUCAUUUUGAAUCGUACGGUAUCCCUAAUAUUACAAGUGGAGGAAAAUAGGUAACGGAACAAAAUGGAAUUUAAUCACUGUUUUGUAAAUAAGGAUACAUGUAUCAAGCCAUUGUAGGAUUGGUACAUGCCGAAUAAAAUGCGUACGCUGUUAAUCAUACGGAUGGACUUUCGCACACCACAAAUGUGGAAUUUCCACCACCGCUCGUUGCAGUGAACACGAUAGACGCACGAGUUCAUUCUCGUCGAGCUGGUUGCGGCGUUGUGAUGCACACGCGCGCGUGCAUAGACAUCGCAUCGCCUUUGCUGUCAGGCGCCCGUUUGACUCCGCGACCAAACGGCGUUGGUGGUCGUGUUGACGAGUCGCGAAGUGUGAAACGUUCCCGCUCUGCUGUGGACAGCGUCGCUCGCGCCUCGAGCGAAGGCGUCGCAGAGUGCGCGCCACGAGACGAUCCCUCGCUGCGAUGAGAACUCCCUUGCCGCAACCGCGUGUUGGGUUUUCCUCCAAACAAAUCAAAAACGAUGGGGCAGGUGUGGCCAUUGCUUUGCUGGUGGGUGGUGGUGCUGCUUCUGCUGGGUUUUUUUUAUGCACGUUUAUUUUUAGCAGGUGAGAACACGGAGAUACCAAAAUAGUAUCGUUUGCGCGAGUUAACCCAGUGGAUUAGUCUGACAAAAAGGAACCGUUUGUUUUGUGUAAUCCCAAUUUAGUAAUUUGCGGAUAGUUUUUUUUAUUUGGACCGUGAUGCCAGAAAUAAAAAAUAAUGGCCUUCUCUGUGAAUGAC